UUAUCCGGUUAUCUCUUUAUCAAUAGGCGUGGGUUGCAUUUAACUUGACUCAUUUGUUCGCAAACAAAGCUUGGUUAAAUUCAAAACAUUGGAGGACUAUAGUAUUUAGGUGACCAAGAAAAAGUAAUAAUGAGAGUGGAAUUAAAGUCUAGUGGUUAAGAAUGGUGGUGUGUGAAUAUGACAAGGAAAUAUCCGGAGAAGUUCUGGGAUGGAAGCUGCCAGCUUGGCAGGCGGUACUGCUCCACAGAGUGCUGCCAUCGUGUGGUGGUCUAGUGGUGUACUUACUAGUUAUUUGUUUUGAUUUCGCGCUCAUAGUAGAAAACAUUAUUAAGGGAGACAAAACAAUAGCCACAAUAUGUUCGAUACUCAUGGUGUUACCAGCUCUAAUUUCCGUCAUAUUCACCCUCGCCUCCCCACCUCCGGGGCUGCAGACAGAGGAGUCAGCGUUUUCACUGAACAUACACAAGAAGGAAAUAUUCUGGAUCGUUACACAAAUUUCAAACAUAGUCUUCUUUCCUGUGGCUGCUAUUGGAAGGUACACUUACCUUAUAUUCUGGUGGACGGAGGCAAUGUAUGCGUCCAGAGAAGAAGAUGACGAAAGAAUAAAGGAAGCAAUUUCUCGCGCUAGGAAGCCGUCUCCCAUGGAACUGUACUUGUUCCUUCAGUCGUUCAUACAUUCGGCCCCGAUCGCCGUUGUCAACUUACUCGAUAUGAUGGGACGAUUCAACAAUCCAGCUUUUGAUAAAAUUAAUAUACAAGCUGUUAGCUUAGUUGCGUCGUCGCUGAGAAUGGCUAGUACCGCGACUAUGUAUAGAAGAUUCGAGAGGGAGAAACUAUGCGGGCGGAGGUACCCGUGGAACCUCACGAUAGGAUCUCACGUGAUGGACAAAACUGACACACAAGAAAAUCCUGAGGAUGGUAAAGACAACGAAACUGAACAUAUUUACGAACCGAUUCUGAAACGACGAUCCACAUCCUCCCGAGAAUACGACAGGGAACAGGUCAUCAGUGACAUGAUACAGUUUUCGCCGAGGUCUUCUGAAGCAAAGACGAAAAGUUCCCUGUUCUUCGACGACACGGAAUCCGACACGAGCUCCGACUACACCCCGCCGGUGUCGCCGGAGGACCGCCUGGAUAGCGACGACGAGUACGUGCGACCGAUCUCCAUAAUUGACCGGGUGGCACCGUACAGGCGUAACACGCAGCCGGAAUACGUGAUAGAGACGGUGGACGUCCCUCCGCCACCGCUGGCACCGGCGCCGCGGCCGGGUACGCUGGCCGUGUGGGCGGAGCGCAUGGUGGAGAACGCCGAGGCCCUCCCCGCGUGGCUGUCGGCGCCGCCGCGUCGCAAGCACCGGGAGAUCGUCCAGGAAGAGCCGGACAUUCCCCACCGAGCGCCCCGGUGGUACAUGCGGGGCCUGGAGCCGCCGGACACCACGGCCGCGCUGGUCCACUUCCUCGGCUGGUACUCCUUCUUCGUGGCCCGCCUGCUCUCUAUAGCCGCAUUUAUUAAUUUUUUCCCAGUCCUAGCGAUCAUCAUUCUGUUCUCGCACUACCAGGUGAUGCUCCUGUUUCUGAUAGUUCCCCAGGCCAGCUCGGUUCGGAGAUCGUUCUACUUGUUUCUCGCGUUCGUUUACCUGUUUUGCCUGAUGGAGUUCAAGAUCCGUUUCCGGCACGUCCGCGUGUGGCACGCGUUCUGGUUCCUGGUGUGCACGGUAGAGAUCAUUAUAUUCAUCCUAUUAUGGGCGACUAUCGAUAACAAACUCCAUGAUUGGUGGAGAAAUUACGUGGUGUGUGUGACUCUGGGCGCGAUGUCACUGAGUUAUGCGCUGCUCCUCGUGUAUUUCUUGAUCUUGCAACCGCGGGAGACGGUCAUCCAGAUAAAUAAGACUGACGGAAAGGAUGAAAGCAACUAUGAUCAAUUUAAUGAGAAGAAACACACUAGCGUGUGAGCAAAAGCAUUUUAUAAAAAAAACCUCAAGCAAUCUCCACGACGGUCAUUAACUAACCAUAAUAAUUAUAAUUAACAUAUAUUAGUUUUUGUAAAUAGGCAAUUUUUCACCUAAACACGAAAAAUUGUAUCAUAGCUAGCUCGCUUAUACCAAAACAUUUAAAUUAGGUACGUAUUAGGUUCCGUUCAAACUUUCCAAUAUAAAUGUAUAAAAUUCUAAUUAAUAUGGCCACCAAACUAACCAGGUCAAAUGGCUCCGAGAACUCUCCGACAAAUACAGGUUGGUGUGUGGAGUGAGACAAGGGGGGAUAACGUCUCCUUCUCUCUUCAACUUGUAGGUACACGGGCAGGCUGAUUGCUGAACUGAGCGACACCAGAGUAGGCUGUUUUAUUGAUGGUCUCUGUAUUAACACUUAACAGUAUCAGUUACGCCGAUGAUAUGGUGUUGCUCAGCCCAUCAAUAGCCGCUCUUACAAAAAUGAUAAGUGUGUGUGAAAGUUACGCCAGGUCGUACGACGGUCUUAUAUAUAAUGUAAAGAAUAGCGAGCUCAUGAUAUUUAAUUCAAGGGCUCGUAAAAUCGUAGAUAUAGCACCAGUGCUGCUCAAUGGUGUUGCGCUCCGAAGAGUAAAGGAAUUUAAAUACCUCGGUCAUGUGGUCACCGAGGAUUUAAAAGACGAUGGAGACAUCGAAAGGGAGAGGAGAGCGAUGGCGGUCCGCUGUAAUAUGUUGGCGCGCAGAUUCGCAAGGUGUUUGUGAUGUGAUGAUUACAUAUUGUGAUGAUUACAAUAUUUAAAGCAUUCUGUCAAACACUCUACACCUGCAAUCUGUGGGUCAACUAUACUCAGCGGGCCAUCAACGCUCUCCGAGUACAAUAUAAUAAUGCUUUUAGGGUGUUGGUGGGGCUCCCUCGCUGGUGUAGUGCAUCGGCGAUGUUUGCGCACAGACGGUUUUCACACCGUACUGCGACGUCGCAUUGCAUCGCUGAUGUUCCGCACGCGGGGCAGCCCCAACAGCAUUCUGAAGGUGCUCAGCGCCAGAAGGUGGCAAAUACUUAAACUAAU